AUGACAGACAACCAACGACAAAGAUACGACGUUUAUCGCCGUACUGCACUCAACAAGGGGUCGGUUAAGAAAUUGGCUUAUCAUAUACUGAAUCAGCAGAUAUCUUCGACUUUGACCUUUGUGCUGGCUGGGUUCUCAAAGGUCUUUGUUGGCGAGAUUGUCGAGAGAGCUGUCCAGCUUAAGAUAGAGCGCGGGGAGACGGAGGAGGGCCCGUUGAAACCGGAGCAUUUGAGAGAAGCAUAUCGCUUGUACAAGAAGGAAACGCAAACUGGGUCAAGCAGUGGCUUUACCAAACGUCUAUUCUAG